GCUGUCAUUCCAAACUUAAACUUCAUAUGCGGCUAGGCAAGGUAUUCUUUCAGUUUUAUGGACAGGCCGAGCACUUUUCGGAGGUAGCGAAGAUGUCAGUGGCAAUCGUAGGUGCGGGGAAGAUCGGACAAGCGAUGGCAAGAGGUUUCGUUCGAGCCGGUCUAGUGUCAGCUGAUCGUAUUAUAUCAAGUUCCCCUAAUCCUGAGUGCUUAACAGAAAUGGGGAGACUUGGUGUGAGAACGACAUACGACAACAUGGAUGCUGUAAAACCUAGUAAUGUUGUUUUCCUCGCUGUAAAACCGAAUAUGAUGCCCACAGUUCUUGAUGAAAUUGCUCCAGUUAUUAAUGAACGACAUCUUGUAGUGACGCUAGCUGCUGGCAUUACAAUUGAUUUUGUAGAACAGAAACUACCACCCAAUGCAAGAGUGAUUCGUGUGAUGACAAACACACCUUGUAUAGUGGGAGAAGGUGCCACGAUAUUUGCCAGGGGGGCAGCUACAAAACACACAGAUUCUAUAAUUGUUCGCAAGUUUUUCUCCAGUAUAGGAUUCUGUGAUGAAGGCGAUGAGUCUUUCAUUGACGCAGUCACUGGACUCGGCGGAAGCGGCCCUGCCUAUGCUUUCUGUGCUAUGGAUGCAUUAGCUGAUGGUGGUGUGAAAAUGGGGUUGCCAAGGCAACUAGCACUUAAACUUGCUGCACAGACAUUGCUGGGAGCUGCUAAAAUGGUUUUAGAAACUGAUCGUCACCCUAUGGAUUUGAAAGAUGAUGUGUGCUCUCCAGGCGGUUCUACAAUCUGUGCCAUUCAUAGACUAGAAGAAGACGGAUUCAGAAAGUGCCUUAUAAAUGCUGUAGAAGUUGCCACACUAAAAUCUAAAGAACUCUCUCAGCAAAAUGGUGAGAAGACAGAUAUAAAGGGUACAAACUGUGAAAAAGAUGACACAAGAUAUGCUUCAUUUGUUCAUUAACUUGUCACCUGACUUGUCACCUGACCUAAUGGAUGUACUGUACUAGUAUUGGUAUCUAAUUGUCUGCCUCAGAGUGUGUUUUCAACCUAGGGUGGCAAUAAAUUGAUUUGAACUGUAGGGCGGAAAUAAUAAAAACAAUCUUUACUAAAAAUAAUUUAUUUUUUCGAAAAAAUCAUCUAUUUAUUUCUUAUCAAUAUCCUCCAAAUAUAUAUAUUAUUAUUGUUGUAGUAUAACAAGCAAAUAUUCUGUCAAUCUUAAAAACUUGUGUCGAAAAAAACAAACAUCUCAGUAUUAUGCAAGAUCUGGAAAUUUUAGGUUUGCUUUUUCACAUUUUUUCUUGAACUAUUGUAAUUAAAAAAAAAUGGAAAGAGUUCCUUAAGACCCCUCCUCUUAACCCUAACCCCAAUGUAAUUGUAUGUACAUAGAGGGGCAUGUACUAUUAAAUUGGGGGAGGGGGGUAGCACUGGACAGGCAAGGUUUGGAUUAAAGUUAUGUGUGAGGGCUUCCUAAGAAAGUCUUACAACAAAUUUAGUUCUUCUAAAUUUAAAGUACCAAUAAUAUUUCUAAUUAUCAUUCAAGUCAAUUUUAUUGUAACAAUAAUUAACAUUUGGUUAAAACACACAAUAAAUGUCAUGCGAGUUUCUUCCCUCUUGCUGUGACAUAACAACUAAAACAAAAUUUGUGUUUAGUAGUAUUGAGUCAAUAUUUAUCAGUCACUGUCACAUAUGGAUAUUUUUAAUAUUCGAAGCAUGAUUUCAUUGCAUCUUUUAUUGAUGAGCCAAAUUUCAACAUCAUCUUGCACUGAUUUACUUUACACACAUUACAUGGAACCCCCAUAUUGAACAAAACACAGUAUAUCAACUGUGUCAUUUAACAUGGCAGCUGUUGUAACUAUGAUGAUUUUGAAAAUACAAGUUUUUUUGAAUAAGUUUCAAGAAAUAUUGACAUAUUUUAAUCAUUAAUGUGACAUACAAGGCCGCAAUCAUUGUGCAAUGCUUGUUCAUGGAAACAGUAUUUUCACCCAUGAUUGUAUUUGUUGCAUGGGACCCACUCCGAAAACACUGCAGUGCAACGUCUAUAGCUCUUUAAAUGUUAAUUAUCACUUUACAUGUUUUCUACACUUCCUACACCUAUGUACUUCUAAAUACAGCAGAAAUAAGCUUUACAUUGCACUACUAAGCUAUUAAAUACACCAGUAAUUAUUAUUUCCCUGACACACUGCCUAUUUUCAUGUCAAUUUUUAUCGAAAUAUUUGUGUAUUAUUUUAUUUGUAGUAUUUGAGUC